AUGGAUCCAACAGAUGGGUCCAAUAUGCCACCCAGUUCAAUUCGACAAAAACAGGAUAUUGCAUGGACUUAUGUCACUCAGAGUAAAGAUGAUAGAGGAAGAUUGGUUCUUACUUGUGGGUUUUGCAAAAAGCAAAAUUUAGGAGGAGGUAUCAACAGAAUGAAACAUCAUCUAGCUGGGCAAAAAGGCAAUGUGCAAACCUGUAGGAAUGUACCUCCAGAAGUUCAACACAAGAUGAGAGAAGCACUACAAGCAAAUGAAGAAAAAAGGAAAGAAAAACAAGGGUUGUUCGGAGAUGUGAACUUAGUUGGACCAGAUUCAGAAGAUGUUAAUGUGGGUGACGAUCAUGAAGGUCCUUCAUCUCGACCGUUUAUGUCUCAAAGUCAGAAAAGGAAGGUCAGUCCCAACAUCACUUCUUACUUCAAGGGUUUCAAUGAUCCUACCCAACCUACCAUCAAAGCUUGCAUGCAAAGUAAGGAAAAAAUUCAUGACACUGACUUGUCAGUUGCUCUAUGGUUUUAUGAUGCUUGCCUUCCUAUGAAUGCUGUGAAUUCUCAGUUUUAUCCUAUUAUGGUUAGCAAAAUAGCAAGUAUGGGUCAUGGAUACGUUGGACCCUCAUACUAUGCUCUGCGUGUUGGUUUGUUGCGUGAUGCUAACUGCUAA